AUGAACCUUCUGCUAAUAUUAGCUCCCCUUUUUAUUCUUAACGUCUUCUCCCAAAACACUGAAUCCUCUCCUACUGUUUCCCUCAACUGUGGAUACCUCGGCGAAUCAUAUACCUUUUCAUCCGGUAUCAGUUAUGACGGAGAAUGCUGUAACACUGAUGCUUUGGAGUACAUGGACAAGGAGCAUCCGGGAUGGAGAAAGAAUAAUUCUCAGUUGCAACAAUACUUGUCAGAGCUCUAUCAAAAUCAACUUUGCGUUGGGUCUACCACAAUUGUACUCAGCUCCACUACUACUGUACCACAAACUACUACUACUAAAUCGUUUUUGUGCAGCUUAAUGGGGAUUGGUUGUCCUAAAGAUUCAACUUCAACUGUAAUUGCUUCUACUGAGACGAGUACUACUGUAAUCGAGACUUCAAGUGAGGGUGGGUUCUUUUGA